CAGUCGCCCGUAGUGUUUAAAUUUUGAACUGUGAAAACCGUUACGCGGUCGAUAAUGGUGAUAUCGCGUUUCGAGCGUCUCUUGCCUGUUUGACAGUAGUUAGAGAAAGUAAUUACCGAAAGUGAUCAUCCAAAAAAACCAUAAUUCAAUUGUUAAUCACCACCGGACGGCGAAAGAUAUUGAGAAGAGUGUUCCAGGGAGCAAAAAAAAAAAAAAAAAUGGCGCGGAUCUAUACAACGAUGUCCUCGUUGCUGUGCCGUAGUACGACUGGUGUCUUGGUUCGCUUCACGACGUUCUUCGCGGUGCUGGGCAGGCGCACUUGAAAGCGUUGCAUAACUACCCCUUAACCCGAAACCCGAAGCCUAGCGAUCGCUCCGACGGCGAGGAAACAUAAACAGUCGGUCCAGAUGUGACCGAGCGCUUGGUUCAAGCUGGUGCCUGGUGUUUGGUGUGAGCGCGCGAAGCUGUUAAUAGGCAGGAACCGCUCACCUGGUACGCGGACAGUGUGAGGCCAGAGCAGCUGCACCAUGGCCUGCCCAUUUGCAAAGCACACUUCGAGCGAACAGUUCCAGCGUCAACCAUCAAUCGCCGAGGCGCACAACUGGAACCUGGAUGAGGACCUGAGCGAGAUACCGGGCGAUGCGCUUACGCUUACCCAUCUGAACGCAGCAAUACAGCUGCUGACGGCACCAUCGAUCGACAAUGUGCACGAGGCACUGAUGUCCCUGAUCGGUAAAUACAGCAACAGGUGGCCGGGUCUGUCAAAACUGAAAAGUGAACGGUCUGAGCUGUCGAUCUACCCGCACUAUGACUACCUUGCCGAUAUUCAGGAUAAUCUGGCGCAGAUUGAUGAGUCGGCCGUGUCGGAGAUCCUGGUACACCUCGGCGAGGAGCUGAUCCAGACGGCGUGCGUCGGUGUGAUAGAGCGUGCGUUCAAGUGUCUCGGUUCGGAUCUGCAAGAGUUUCUCGGCUCGCUCGACGGUGUGUACGAUGUGCUGAAGCUGCAGGAGGAGGACAUCUCGGACACGGGGUUCGUGUGCGCGGGCGAAGGCGAGCUCAUCUUCACGUCCGAGCGUCCGGUGCUGGCCUGGUUGCUGCUCGGCUGUCUGCAGGCUCUCAGCAGGCUGCUGUUUAACUGUGAGCCGGAGAUAGAGCUGGAACCGUUGCCGGGCGAUACGCCGCGCUAUCGCUACCUGCUGCGCGUGGAUGAACCGGCCGAGGUGACGCCGGAACGACGCGGUCCGGCCGAUGUGGUGUCGGGGGACGCACGUGAUCUGAAGGUGAGCAACCAAUUUUUCUGCGACGCCUUCCCGUGGCACUUCAUCAUGGACGAGCAGCUGCGGCUGGUGCAGAUGGGGUCGGCCUUUAGCCGGCUGUUCAAGGGACACGUGGGUGCCGGUACGGCGGGACUCUGCGCCAGUACCGUGUUUCGGUUCAAGAGACCGCGCGGACUUCAGCUCCACUUCCGCGAGAUCGUGCGCCGCACCAACACGCCGUUCAUGAUCUCGCUGCGGGCACCACCGGGCCGGCCGGACUUCUUCGCCAAGGGGCUUGAGAUAAAGGGCCAGAUGGUGUUCUGCCCGGAGUCGAACGCGCUGCUGUUUGUCGGGUCACCGUUUCUGGAUGGGUUGGAGGGACUCACCUGCAACGGGCUGUUCAUCUCGGACAUUCCGCUGCACGAUGCGACGCGUGAAGUAAUACUGGUCGGUGAGCAGGCCCGGGCGCAGGAUGGAUUGAGGCGCCGUAUGGACAAGCUGAAGAGUUCGAUCGAGGAGGCGAAUGCGGCCGUCAUCAAGGAGCGUAAGAAGAACGUCAGCCUGCUGCAGCUCAUCUUUCCGGCGGAGAUCGCGGAACGGUUGUGGCUCGGCGCGCAGAUCGAUGCCAAGACGUACCCGGAGGUGACGAUGCUGUUCAGCGAUAUCGUCGGCUUUACCAGCAUCUGCUCGCGCGCGACCCCGUUCAUGGUCAUCAACAUGCUGGAGAAUCUGUACAAACACUUUGACGAGCUGUGCGGAUUCUUCGACGUGUACAAGGUGGAAACGAUUGGCGACGCGUACUGUGUGGCGAGCGGGCUGCAUCGGGCCAGCAUCUACGACGCGCACAAGGUCGCCUGGAUGGCGCUGCGGAUGAUCGAAACCUGCACGCUCUACAACACGCACGACGGUCAACACAUCAAGAUGCGGAUCGGCAUCCACACUGGCACGGUGUUGGCCGGUGUGGUCGGCCGCAAGAUGCCACGGUACUGUCUGUUCGGCCACAACGUCACGAUUGCGAACAAGUUCGAGUCGGGCAGCGAGGCGUGCAAGAUCAACAUCAGCCCAACGACGCGCGAAUGGUUGGUCAAACAUCCGGACUUUGGAUUUCAGCUGAAUGCGCGGGAUGCGUCCUGCAUGCCGAAAGAGUUUACCGACUCCAAGGGGCUGACGUGCUACUUCCUCGAGGGUUACAAGCAUCCGACGCUCAGCAACGACCGUCCGCUGCAGGAACACAUCGAGGAGGCGAUGCGACAGACGCUACAGGAGACGACCGACACCAUCACGCUCGAGGUCGGCCAGUAGGACGCGCUCUGCCGGUCCCACAACACAAGAUGAUAGAUUUAACGCCUCCACACACACACCCAGCAUGUAUUAAUGUUAGUAGAUGUUAAACGUACGGUACAGUGCGCUGGCCGGCAAUCAAAUACCUAUGUAACCAUUUCCACUAAACCAAACCUCUCUACGACCAACCCAACUCUAGCAGAGCACACACCAAUAAAAAGCGGCCCCCCUCCGGACCGGUCAACUAGCUCUUAUAGGUACAGACACCCACACAUUCACACCCAUCUAUCAUCACCGCUAAGGUGCAUUACAAUGCCAGAGAGAGAGAGAGAGAGAGAGAGAGAGAGAGAGGCAACCCUCUUCAGAACCGCCUUACUCAGAUAUGCCAAAUAACACGAUAUUCGGCGGGGUUUCAGAAAAAAAAGCUAGUACAGAACAUUGGAUGUAAUUCCGUUUAUCGUCACUUGAUUGUUAUCCGUCGCGGGACAUUCACCGGUCCGUUUUGUUGGAUAGAUGUUUUUACGUUUUUUGUUUUAAAGUCUGUUGUGAACUGAACCGAAUGCGAACCCUAACGAACUAUGUAGUUUCUUGUGUCCGCUUAGUAUUGUGUCAGUAAUAAACAUACGAUCAGAAACA